GCUGCAGAAGCGGCCGCCACCUCCAAAGCACAAGGUGUCUCAUCUGAAAAGACACUUGAGCCCCAGGGAGGCUGAGCGACCCCGGCAGGGCUAGCGGGAACCGCGAGAGCGAGCUCUGGGCAGCGCUCCGUGAGCAGGGGGUGCUCCGCCACAGAGGAGCCUCACGACCUGUUCCUGAGAUCCUGGCUUCACGUUUUCCUUGCCUUUUACUGCUUCCCCCCCAGCAACUAUAUCUCCCCAAAACGGAGCCUUUAUAUCAAGAGAAGGUGAGGGAGCUGGGACAACCAGGACUUUCCCGGGCACCCAAGAUGCGCUCCAUUAGGAAGAGGUGGACCAUCUGCACCAUAAGUCUGCUCCUGAUCUUUUAUAAGACAAAAGAAAUAGCAAGAACUGAGGAGCACCAGGAGACGCAACUCAUCGGAGAUGGUGAAUUGUGUUUGAGCCGAUCACUUGUCAAUAGUUCCGAUAAAAUCAUUCGAAAGGCCGGUUCUUCAAUCUUCCAGCACUCUGUAGAAGGUUGGAAAAUUAAUUCCUCAUUGGUUCUGGAGAUAAGGAAGAACAUUCUUCGUUUCUUAGAUGCAGAACGAGAUGUCUCUGUGGUCAAGAGCAGUUUUAAGCCUGGUGAUGUCAUACACUAUGUACUUGACAGGCGUCGGACACUAAAUAUUUCUCAAGAUCUGCAUAGCCUCCUCCCUGAAGUUUCACCAAUGAAAAAUCGCAGGUUUAAGACCUGUGCAGUUGUUGGCAAUUCUGGCAUUCUGCUAGAUAGCGAAUGUGGAAAGGAGAUUGAUAGUCACAACUUUGUAAUAAGGUGUAAUCUAGCCCCUGUGGUGGAGUUUGCUGCAGAUGUGGGCACUAAAUCAGACUUUAUUACCAUGAAUCCAUCAGUUGUACAAAGAGCAUUUGGAGGCUUUCGGAAUGAGAGUGACAGAGAAAAAUUUGUGCAUAGACUUUCCAUGCUGAAUGACAGUGUCCUUUGGAUCCCUGCGUUCAUGGUCAAAGGAGGAGAAAAGCACGUGGAGUGGGUUAAUGCACUAAUCCUUAAGAAUAAACUGAAAGUGCGAACUGCCUAUCCAUCAUUGAGACUUAUUCAUGCUGUCAGAGGGUACUGGCUGACAAACAAAGUUCCCAUCAAAAGACCAAGCACAGGUCUCCUCAUGUAUACACUUGCUACAAGAUUCUGUGAUGAAAUUCACCUGUAUGGAUUCUGGCCCUUCCCUAAGGAUCUGAGUGGAAAAGCUGUCAAAUAUCAUUAUUAUGAUGACUUAAAAUAUAGGUACUUUUCCAAUGCAAGUCCUCACAGAAUGCCAUUAGAAUUUAAAACAUUAAAUGUGCUACAUAAUAGAGGAGCUCUAAAAUUGACAACAGGAAAGUGUGUAAAGCAAUAAUGCACAUUUGAAGACUUACAAACAAACUGAAUAUGCACUUCUUUUCUGAAGAUGCUUCCUAAGAGUUGAAAAUAGGAUCCAAAACAAGACUGGGUUUCAGCAUCCACCAAGGACCCGGAAGGUGAUUAAGGACGUUCAUGAGAAAUUCACUACCAGCUGAUGAAAUGCCUGCAAAGUGCUCUAAAAAUUAAAUAUUUUGAUUUCAAGGGUCCUAGUAAGUGCCACUUCCACUAAGAACACAGUUUGAAUGUAUAAUCAGUAGUGUUUACAAGAUCCAACAAUGCACUUGUCAUUAGUUAAUGAAGCAAAUAUGUUCAUCACUAUUGGACUGCCACUGCAAUGCCAAGCACAUCGGAAGAGGAACCCAGAAACACAACUCAGCCAGUGGGGAAAGCAAACCACCAUUGUGAGAAGAAAGGAAAAUGGAAACAAUUUGAGUAGUGAAAUCUGCAAGAUUAAGUAAUUCAAGCAAAUGCCUUCAGUCAGGAUCAUGAAUUUUAUGUUUUGUUUCUGUUUUUGCUUUGUCUUCUGGAAUCUCUUUUGGCAUAGAUAUUGGGGUGCUUAGAAAUAAUUUCUGAGAUAAAGAUGAAUGCGAUAAAUAAUCUUCGAGUAUCAUUUUUAAAGUUCUAGUAUUUUUAAAAAGCAGUCACACAAUGACUUUGUAAAGAAGUUUUAUUUUGCACAACUCUAGACCUCCAGAUUUUUUUCCCAGUGGUGUAGAGGGUACCAGCUAAACUGUACCACUUAGUAACAUUGAGCCAUUCUGAUGGAAUGAUGGUCUGUCAUUUGAGAUGGUAAAAUUAGCAGAAAAAUGUACUUUUGGUACCAAAGAUUAUAUUGGUGUUUCUACCCAACCACUCUUCUUUUGUGAAUAUAUCAACAUAUUAUUAUACUAGCAGUGUGAAAAUUGUCUCUAGGUAUUAAAUUUUUUCAAGGUCAAACUUUAUUUUUGUUCGAAAGAAGGCUUCCACAACUUUUACAUUUCAUAAUUGUUUUAUGGAAGCAUUUUAUCCUUUCUAAUACGUGUUUGAUUAAUAGAGCUGAAAGGUGACUUCCAGGUCUUUGACAGUCCUCUCAUUAUUCAAAUGGAAAGACUGACAUGCUCUUUAAAAAUCUUUGUUAAAUUUUUAGUGCAAAAGUAGGAUAAUUAAUAAAGUGUUGUUUCCAUGAAGAGAGGAUUCAUCUUAAGAGAUCUGACUAUAAAACUCUGUUUCUGUAAUUUCACUUCAAAUGAAUUAAGUUGACUACUUUUUUUUCUGUGGUUAAAUGUUUUGCUUUAUCAUGUUAAUGUGUUUACAAACAAACACAUGGCAUGAUUAAUGAAGCUAUUUAAAAUUUUUGACAUUUAACUGAAUUGACCCAUAGGUCAGUUUCCUGCAAACUUGUGCUAUGCUGGUAGGUCGUUCUAAUUGGUGUAUUGUUUCUUGAGAAAGCAGAAGCACUGUGUUUCCACUUCUACUUUUGGCCUGAAAUAACUUGGAUAACUUCUUGUUUCUUAGAGAAGGCGGUCUGAAAAAAGAAGAAAUAGCAUGGGGGAUAUGUGUUUUGUUUCUUAGGGAGGACAGCCUGAAAAAUAA